CGAACUCGGGCUCCCUUCCUCGAGACCGUACUCGAAGUCUCUCUACUACCCCUGCAUCUCGUACGAUACGAGGGCCGCGCCAGUAAUACUACGUCACGCGCACAGACACAUGUAGGUAGAUGUAUAACGUCCUUAUAGGGCGGCUCUGCGACUGUCUGUGCGUGUGUGUGUGUGUGUGUGUGUGCACACGACCCCUCUCGCACUCGCCACCGACUCCGUAGUACACGAUAUACUACUCGUCGAGGAUUUCAUCGAGAAUCUGUACCGCAUAUAAUAAUUAGUCCAUCGAAUCGCCUGCUGCUGCUGUGCGUUUGUAAAAUACGUUCGCCCGCGCGUGUAUCGAUAUAAUGUAACGCUGCUGCACGGGAACCUUGAAAAAAAAACAGGAGAGAGAAGAAAACGCGAAAGAGAGAAGUGCACGCAAAAACGAGAACGCGUGCGGACGUAUAGUAGCAUACAUAUAGUUGUUAAUAGUAGUGCAGCAGCAGCAGCAGCAGCCUAGGCGUGUGUCGUGUCGUUAUAUACGCGCUCGAGUUCGAGCCGAGUAAAAGGAUAAACUCGUUGUAAUCCUCCGCAAUCGUGACCCAGACGGCUUUAAAAGAGGAGCCUAGGGAAGUAGUGCGCGUUGGUGUGUGUUGUUGAAUUGCGUGACGCCCGCGCGAGGGUGGUGAACGACGACGAUGCUGGGCUACGUUUACAAGAUAAUACGCAGCAUUUGGAAUCAUGGCAGUCUCGAGGACUUUGGCACUGCUCAAGAUAUGGCCGCGGUGCAACCUCUCCUCGUCAACGGCGUGCAGACCAAUGGAUUCGGCAACGGCGGCGCCAGAGAUAAAGCCAUCGUCAAUAAUCGGACGACUCCGAGAUACGCAGUCGCCAGCGCGACCGGCUUAGACGGUCCCGACCAAAUCCUCAGCUCGGAUGUCGACACGACGUGCGAGGCCAGCGGCCGAGUCCGCCUCAAGCUCGACGGCAGCAUCGACCAAGACGACUUCAAGCCGAUCUCGGUGCCGGGCCUGCUCGCUCGCACGGCCGCCCGCCACCCCGACCAUCCGGCACUGGUGUCGCGGCCCGACGCCACGGGCAAGCGCACCACCUACACCUACCGCGAGUACGAGCAGCAGGUGAGGCAGGUGGCCAAGGCCUUCCUGCAUCUGGGCCUGGAGCGCCACCACAGCGUCUGCAUACUGGGCUUCAACACGCCCCAGUGGUUCAUCUCGGACAUCGCGGCGAUCUACGCGGGCGGCUUCGCCGCCGGCAUCUACACGACCAACUCGCCCGAGGCCUGCCAGUACUGCGCCGAGAGCAGCCGCGCCAACAUCAUCGUCGUCGAAGACGACAAGCAGCUGCAGAAGAUACUGCAGAUCAGGGCGCAGCUGCCCAAGCUCAAGGCCAUCGUCCAGUUCGAGGGUGUGCCCCAGCACAAGGACGUGCUCAGCUGGGAGGAUCUACUGGAAUUGGGCAGGCAACAGUCCGAAGACAAGUUGGAAGCCGUACUGAAGACGAUCGGCGUCAACGAGUGCUGCACUCUAGUCUACACGUCGGGAACCGUGGGCAAUCCCAAAGCCGUGAUGAUCAGCCACGACAACGUUCUGACCAACGCCAAGGCCAUACUGUCGGGCAUCGAUCUCAAGGAGGGCCGCGAGACGGCCAUCAGUUAUCUGCCGCUGUCGCACGUGGCGGCGCAGGUCGUCGACAUAUUCACGUGCAUGCUCAUGGCCGGCACCGUGCACUUCGCCGACAAGAACGCCCUCAAGGGCAGUCUGCUGGACACUCUGGUGUCGGCGAGACCCACCGCCUUCCUCGGAGUGCCGCGCGUCUGGGAGAAGAUCUACGAGAAGAUGCAGGCGGUGGCGCGCAGCAACGGCCCCAUCAAGACCUGGAUCGCCAACUGGGCCAAGGCCCAGGGUCUGCACUACAACCAGCAGCGCAUGAACGGCGUCGACUACAAGUCCUGGGGCUAUCUCAUCGCCAAGUGGCUGGUCUUCGACAAGGUCAAGGCGGCCCUGGGCCUGGACAGGUGCCACCUGUUCGGCACGGCGGCGGCGCCGCUCAGCACCGAGGUCAAGAAGUACUUCAUGAGCCUGGACAUCGUCAUCGUCGACGUCUACGGCAUGUCCGAGUGCGCCGGCGCCCACACCCUCUGCAGCAUCGACAACUUCCGGCUGGGCAGCGUGGGCCACGCCCUGCCCGGCUUCACGACCAAGCUCGACAACAUGGACAGCCAGGGCGAGGGCGAGAUAUGCAUGGCCGGCCGCCACGUGUUCAUGGGCUACCUCAACGAUCCGGAGAAGACGCGCGAGGCCAAGGACGAGAACAACUGGCUGCACACCGGCGAUCUCGGCAAGAUGGACGAGAAGAACUUGCUGUACGUCACCGGCAGGAUCAAGGAGCUGGUGAUCACCGCCGGCGGCGAGAACAUAGCGCCGGUGCACAUCGAGCAGCUGGUGAAAAAGGAGUGUCCCGCGCUGAGCAACGCCAUGCUCAUCGGAGACCGAAGAAAGUACCUGACCAUGUUGGUGACGUUAAAGACUGAAAUGGACAUCGAAAGCGGCGAACCACUGGACAAACUCUUGCCCGAAGUGCAGAAAUGGGCAAAAUCAUUGGGUAGCCAAGCCAAAACUGUCUCCGAAGUUAUAAAGACCCAAGACCCAUUGAUACACAAAGCGAUAACGGAGGCGAUCACGCGGGCGAACGAGAAGGCGAUAAGCAACGCGCAACGAGUUCAAAAGUUCCGCAUACUACCCCAUGACUUUUCCGUGCCAACCGGAGAACUGGGACCGACGUUGAAGCUCAAGCGCAACGUCGUCCUCAAGAUGUACGCCAAUGUGAUAGAGGAGAUGUACCAGGAGAAGAGUACUGCCUAAAACUCUGUAGCGAGCGACUUCUUCUUCUUCUUAGUCGCGUCGCGGCUUGUAGUAGUCAAAUCUUUGUUGUUGUUGGUUGUUGAGAGAGGAUUUUUAACUAAUUCAUCGAGCGCAGUCGCCGAUUUGUGCGCUGCUUAAUUGUAUAGGGUAUAAAGUGAGAGAGACUUGUUUCCUGUAGUCCAGGCUAUAACAAAGACAAAAAAAGGUGGUCUUCUAAUUGUGCGAUAAAAACUAUUUUUUACCGAGAUAAAAGAGACACGCCGCACGCGUCGCGCACCGAACUAUGUAUCAGCCUGAGAAGAUGAAAUAACUAUAAUGAUUAUUUACAUCAAAUGUAUAAGCAAAACUUUUAAUUGUAAUAGUUACCUUCGUCGCGGUGAACGUACAUAUUGCACGAAAAAAAUUUAUCGAUCGGUGUUUUUCUACUAAUUAUAAAAAGUAUUUAGACAAUGUGGCAAUUUGUA